GCGUCGCGACCGACGAAGUGGCGGUCAGUCGGGCGCACGACGUGACGGCGACGACGGCGGUCCGGGCGCGGCGGAGAGAGGGCAGAGCAGACGGAGAGAGGGAGGAGCGCUGCUGAGGCCGGAGAUAGCACAGGAGCAGACAACAGGAGGGCUGGCUGAGAGUCAUGCAGCUCAGCUGAGUCGAGUCCCGACUCACCACCUUCGACUCCCAGUCUGUGUCCGUGAGUCGGAGCAGCCGUGAGCCGCGUCUCCGGUGGGCCGGCCGGAGCCGGGCCCGACCGUCAUCCUGGCAACACCACCGGACAGCCCCUCUGUGGGCAGCUGUGUCCUGGAGCCGCUAGACUUCCCGACUCGGCAGCUGCGCGCCAAGCCAGUCCGUCUCGAUGAACUGUGCAGGGACACCAAGUUCACCAAGCGAGAGAUCCGCAUCAUGUAUCGCGGAUUCAAACAGGACUGCCCAGAUGGCAUAGUACAAGAAGAGACGUUCAAGGAGAUAUACGCCAAGUUCUUCCCUUACGGUAACUCCAGCUCAUAUGCUCACUACGUGUUCAAAGCCUUUGAUGUCAACAGCAACGGUGAAAUCGGGUUUAAGGACCUCCUGGUCAGUCUGUCCACCCUGUUACGAGGCUCCGUAUACGACCGGCUCAGCUGGAUCUUCAAGCUAUACGAUGUUAACGGAGACGGCUGCAUCACGAAGCGCGAGCUGCAUGACAUCAUCGCUUCGGUGUACGACAUCGUCGGCCGCGACACCUCGCCGCUGGAGGAGAGACGGAUCCGGGACCAUUCGGAGAAGAUUUUCGCCCGCCUGGACCGACAGGGCACGGGCGUCGUCACCGUCGACCAGUUCGUCGAGGCGUGUCUCAAGGACGAUGUCAUAUCAUCUUCGCUGCGGGUGUACAGUUCAGGAUUCGAGCACGUCUGUUGACCCGGCACCAUCUUCCGUCUGUGUGAGGUGCCGGUCAGGUCAUCGCUGGGUUAUUGGUCUGCACGGCGACGAGCAGCGUUCGUCGGUUAAUGUUCUUUCAAUGUGGAAAUGCCGCGCUAGCAGUCACGGGGAGCGCAUGAGUGACAGGGCGAGAGAGAGAGAGAGAGAGAGAGAGAGAGAGAGAGAGAGAGAGAGAGAGAGAGAGAGAGAGAGAGAGAGAGAGAGAGAGAGAGAGAGAGAGAGAGAGAGAGAAAGAGAGAGAGAGAGAGAGAGGGAGGGGAGAGAGAGAAAAUGAAGGGAGGAGAGAGUAGUUAUCUGAUGGUGUCGGCUGGCAUCGGUCAAGGCUGUUGAUCGCAGUCAGGCAAGCGUAGAGUAGUGGUCAGGAGCGAUGAGCUCGAAACGGCAACGGCAGUUGUAAAUAGCGCCAGAGGAGAAGCAGCCGUAGAUGCCAGAAUGUUCAUGAGUUUUUCUACAGUGUAAUUCUCAGCUAGGUGCGACAAUUUUAGUGUGAUGGGACAUGUAGUCCGAAUGAUGACCGCGAGUGUGUGCGUGUGUGCGCGCGCAGAACGUAUGGGGACAUGUGCGAACAAAUGUGGGUGAGUUGUAACGCGCGCCUGCUCCACGAUAGAAUAUUGUGCGACCUGUGUUCGAAGGAGAGCAAUACUAGCAGUGCAAGGAUUCCUAGGUGAUUUAGCUGCGCUUGCAAUAGAAGGUGAAUUACAUAUAGCGCGGCACGGUGACGGUGUUAUACUCAGACAUAGGUUUUGAUAUUAUGUAUGCUAGUGGCAAGGUGUUUGCGGUAUUCACACUUGUGUUGCAGUUAUAAAUAUUUAUGAUUAAAUCGACGUUCAUUUUUGGAGUUAACUCCUUUGUUGUCUUGAAAAUCUCCUAAGUCAUCUACUUAUUACUUUAAGUCACAGUUUGAUGCUUUAAUUAUUCGUUUGCUUUUAACACUUCGGUUACAAAAAUGACAUUCUAAGGCCACAAAGGACUUAUAAAACAUAAUUCAGGAAGAAUCUUUGCUGCGGUUUAAAUUUGAUGUUUUCUUUCGAAGUUGAUUUGUCACUACAUGAAGCCGUUUGUAUAUAUGAUAUGACCUUGUAGGUACCUACCUAAUACCAGAUAUUGUUCACUAUCAAAUUGUUAUCGAUAUAUGCGUAGUUACAGUGAAUGAUCGUUAUAAUGUUCCUUGUUCAUGUAGGUAAUACCUAUCCGCAUAUAACUGUGGUUAUUAUUAGAUGGAGAUGCAUUUUUAAGCCAUCCAAGAAAACUAAGCCAUAAUAUGUGAAAAUAGAUGAAGCCAUAGUCUUGAUCUAAAGAUAAAACAGCACUGACCAACUCCACACUGAUUUAUUUUGACACAUACUAGGCAUAACCAAGAAUUCAAAUAAAACAUGCAGGCACAUCUUUAAAAGACGUAAUCUGCUGGAAAAGGUAUACGUAUGAUGUUAACUGUUUAGGUACGCAAAAUGAUUGCCCAAUUAAUUUUAUCCAAAACAUUGUUUCAUGGCGCCAGGUUGUGCAUAACUACAUACAAACAAUGCGUAGGUUGAGAAAUUUGUGGAUUUUACGCGGGAAAUAUCAUACAUGUUCUCCUUUGCACGUGUAGCUGUGAUAAUGCUUGAGAUGUUACUUCUACAGUUGCUAUGUUUGUCAUUUAGACAGGGCUCAUGUAAUACACAUUUUUCGCUCA